AUGAGGAUUCGCUUUUCAUGGCUCCUUGUCGCUGUGAUUGCAAUGUUAGGUAAGCCUAUUUCUUUUGUAGAGUGUGAUUUCCACAAAAACUUGCAUGUUUCCGCACGAAACAAUGGCCAAAAGUGUUUUUUUUUUUGAUACCGUUUCGCCUACUCUCUCAACCACAGAAUCGGUGAAUAUCGGUCUGUCGGGCAAAUAAUGUGGAUCUGUCAUAGAAAAAUAUCUUGCUUCCUCGCGAUCGCGCACCAAACCUCCAGCCGCGGCAACGCCGUCGCAAAACCGAUGAUGGACGAUUCCAAGGCGCGACAAAUCCACAUUAUUUACCCGACAGAGCCAUAUCAUGGUUGUGUCUGCAAAAGGGAAAGCAAAAAUUUUCGGGAAGUGUUAUGUGAUCUAUGCACCAAGUGGGAGCAAAAUCUUAAGAAAAUCUGAGUUUCGCAUUUGUGGUACCUUGUGAACUAAAAAUACUAGCUGUUCGUUUUCACAGUAAGAGAGAGAAAACACAAUUCUUUCCAGGAUAUCUAUCUCAUGCCAGACCACACUACUUGUCGCGAGCCGAGCACAAAGAUCAACGGUACAACCGGCUCGUCCCAUAUACGGUAUUCCUCCCGAGACAGCAUAGGUUUAGCUCGAAUUUUUUCGACGUUGAUUCCUCAAGUUUUUCCGGGCUAGCGGGCCACUGGAGACGAGCGAACAAUGACGAUGAAGAUGUAAGUGAAUACGCAAAGUUUUAACGGAUAUUUUAGCAGCCACUGCGAUUUGGAUGA